AUGGCAAAAAAGAUGACCAAAGGUAGGCAAAAGAUACAAAUGACCAAAAUGUCAAAAGAAAGCAACCUUCUUGUUACUUUCUCAAAACGUCGUUCUGGUCUUUUCAAAAAAGCUAGCGAACUUUGUACGCUUUGUGGUGUUGAAAUAACGAUUGUUGUUUUUUCACCAGGUCAUAAAGUCUUCUCUUUUGGUCAUCCUAAUGUUGACUCCAUCGUUAAUCGCUUCCUCACUCGUAACCCUACUAGUUCUUCUACCACUUGUCAACUUGUUGAAGCUCAUAGAAACGCGAAUGUACGCGAACUGAAUGCGCAACUCACAGAGAUUCUCAAUCAAUUGGAGUUCGAGAAAAAACGCGAAGUUGAAAUUGAGAAAAUUAAGAAGGCUAAAAUAGGGCAGAAUUGGUGGGAAAGUCCAGUGAAUGAACUUGGACUUGGUGAAUUGGAACAAUUGAAAUUGGGAAUGGAAGAAUUCAAGAAAAAUGUUAUCAAACAAAUGCAAAAAAUAAUUUUUGAGGCUUCAAAGACCCCUGCAUUUUUUCUUGGAGGGUCUUCUUCUAGUGGAGGCCAAGUUGAUGUCAAAAAUAUCAAGGGGUUUGGACUUUCUAUGGCUACCAAUGGGCAUAAUACAAGUUUUCCAUGA